UCGCGCGAGGGCUCGUCGUCGCCCGUAGCCCCCCUCCUCUGUAGCCCUCGCACCAGGGCUGGCCGCCCCCUCCACCGCGUGCGGGUCGCUCCCCCACCGGCUUCGGGCGAACACCAUCGGCGCAGGCUACUGGGUUCUGACGAAGGCGACGACGUAGGCGGUGGUCGACAGGCUGGGCUGAGCGAAGGCGAGGCACAGGGGCGGCGGUGGAGGAGUAGAAUAGUCAUUUAACAUAGAGCGUUUUUCGAAAAUUUUCAAAAUAAGGAUGCUAUGCGAAAAGUUUCGAAAUAUAAGACCUUUUUCUCCAAGAAUUCGCACAGGUCGUUUCCUCGGCUGCCAAUUUUAGCGAUCAUCAAAAUUAGGUCUCCUUCCAAACCCCAAUUAAUCCCGCCUUUCCCCCCUCUAUAAUCGCAUCUUAUCGUCGAUCCGGAAGCUAUUGCCUAUUUCUCGUGGUUUUUCUUUCUUUUUUUUUUCUCUUCUCCUAAGGCCAUCCACGACGAUCCAAGGUCAAUCCUCCACCUCCCCCAAAGGGAGGAGAUCGAGGUAAUACCUGGAUUUCGUCGUGGGGAAGGCAAAUAGUUUUUUGAUUUGGAUUUGGAUCUGGUUCUGAUCAAUGUUCAGCUGUUGCGUCUCCGUUCCUGAGGACUGGGGGGAACCUGAUGCUUUCUAUGCGAUCAGGCCCGAAUGCCGCGACGAUGUUCCGGCCUCUCGUUUCAAGCCCACGCCUGGAAAAACUCUCAGUGCAAGACGGUGGCAUUCUUCAUUCUCUGAAGAGGGACAUUUGGACAUAGCAAGAGUGCUUAGACGAAUUCAACGGGGGGGUGUUCAUCCAACAAUAAAGGGAGUAGUUUGGGAAUUUUUGCUUGGGUGUUAUGAUCCUAAAAGUACCUUUGAUGAGCGUACUCAAUUAAGACAAAAUCGGAGGUCUGAAUAUGAGAGAUUAAAGUCACAAUGCAAAGAGAUGGAGAAUACAGUUGGUAGUGGAAAAAUGAUUACAACACCUGUAAUUUCAGAAGAUGGUCAACCUAUCGAGAAUCCUUCAAGUAAUGGUGCUAAUUUGGGAGAGGAACAACUACCAGAUAAUAAAACAGAUAAUGUUACUCAGGACAAAGAAGUCAUCCAAUGGAAGCUUACCUUACAUCAGAUUGGUUUGGAUGUCGUUCGUACAGAUCGGGCACUUCAAUACUAUGAAACCCCAGAAAAUCAAGCAAGGCUAUGGGAUAUUCUUGCGGUUUAUUCAUGGAUAGACAAGGAAAUUGGUUACUGCCAAGGAAUGAGUGAUCUUUGUUCACCGAUAAUAAUUGUCAUUGAAAAUGAGGCAGAUGCUUUUUGGUGCUUUCAACAUCUUAUGCGUAGAGUGAGAGAGAAUUUCAAAUCCACAUCUAGUACUAUUGGAGUUCGGUCUCAACUGACUCUACUCUCAUCUAUAUUGAAAACUAUUGAUCCAAAACUCCAUGAACACAUAGAGAAUCUGGAUGGAGGGGAGUUUUUGUUUGCCUUCCGUAUGUUGAUGGUCCUCUUCCGUAGAGAGUUCUCAUUUGUUGAUUCUUUGUACCUUUGGGAGCUGAUCUGGUCUAUGGAAUACAAUCCCCAUCUCUUCUCCAUCUAUGAGUCAGAUGAUUCAGCUAAAAACAACCAAGAUGGGCCAGGAAAUGAAGAUCUAAUGCGGUUUGGAAAGUUUGAGAGGGAGAAUGUCAAGUCUGGUCAGAAAAAUCAAGAAGCCACUCUAUCCAUCUUUUUGGUUGCCAGUGUUCUCGAGUCCAAGAACAAGCGACUCCUGCAGGAAGCAAAGGGUUUAGAUGAUGUUGUGAAGAUAUUGAAUGAUAUUACUGGAAGUUUGAACGCAAAGAAAGCAUGCGACGAGGCUUUGAAACUUCAUAUUAAGUAUUUGAACAUGGCAAAGGCAGCUUAGUUGGGAAGCCAGAGAUUGGGAGGACCAUCUGCCGGGGAGUUAUGCUGAACAGGAAGGCAUCAUACAGAGAAUUCCAUUUUAUUUCACAAAGUUCUCUUGUUAUUCAUUAAUUUCAUUCAUUCUUUCACACUGCAAUAUGAUUUUCUUGCAAGCUCAAACGGAAGAUGAAAUCUGAGUCUACCUGUACCUAAAAAAUAUAAUGUCUUGAAGUCUAAUGAAACUUAUUGCAUCUGAGAAACUUAUCCUAAAUAUGACUUUCUUUGCCA